AUGGCAAUACCUCCUACUGACAUGGACAACACCCUUGAUCGGACAACCCUCGCUACAAUUGAUCUCCUCGAGUCGCGUCUUCUCCGCAUCGAGCAUCUCCUCUAUGGCCAUGCGGCAGCCGUCCCUCCCAUAUACCAAGAAGACUCUGCGGCCCAGAAGUUGAAGGAUAUGGAAAGACGGUUUUCCAUGGUGGUCUCCCAUUUCCGCGUCUACGGCGAACUCCUCAAGAUUUACAAGUCCAAUCCAGAUUUCUUCCACGCCCCGGACGCCUCCGUACCGCCGUCUCAACUCCCAAGCGACGCGAUUCAAUCAAUCGUACUAUCGCAGGCGUCUGCCUAUUUCUCGACAUUAUCCUCCCUCGCAUCCAUCAAAGACAGCCCCAUACCCGAUCCGUCGGAGAGUUCAUCCCUCGUUGCCCUGACGGACAGAAUGAAAGCCAUGGAAGCAACCCGGAUUGCACAAUCGGCGGAAAUGGCUGAUUUGCGGCGGAGAAGCGAGAUGGUCAUGCGAGCUUGGUAUGAGAACUGGGUGCUGGUCAAUUCGCAAUCACUUGCCGACGUCGAAACACGCGUAGAACGAGUGGAGAAGCAGGUUCGGCAGAAAGAGCGGGCUGCUGAGGACGCGAGGCAAAUAUAA